CAACCCCAGCGUCGCGGGCUGCGUGGGAUGCUCUGGGCCUUUCUUUGAGCGCCCCGGGGUGGGGGGAAUAGGAUGGGGACGAAAAUGGACGGAUCUGGCGCUCACCCGGCCAGGUGCUGGGCCCAGACGAGACCCGGGCACGCCCGGCGCGGCCCGCUGGGAUCCGGGCCCACAUCGCCUCCUUGCCGGGGGAGAGCCGACCACUGUUGGUCACCUGCUGGCCCCAGCGGAGGCUCCGCUUCCAAUGAGAAGGGAGAUGGGUACCAGAGAGGGGUAUCGAACUCGGGGUGGGACCAGGAGCGGCAGUGCAGGAGCCGCUACCGCCACACCGGAGACGCACAUCACACAAAACACGCGCACACACACAGGAAGAGUCACCGAGCGGUGGCCGCAGGCACUGGCCACAGGCCGAGUUUCCAAAGUAAUGGAGGGGAAAGUUCCAGUCGCAGCGCUGAGAAGCGAUCAGCUGAAGAAGAAGCUGCAGACCUCCCAACAAAGCCUACAAAGAUCUCCAAGUUUGGAUUUGCCAUAGGUAGUCAGACGACAAAGAAAGCCUCGGCCAUAUCCAUCAAACUUGGAUCAAGUAAGCCUAAAGAAACUGUUCCAACUCUUGCUCCAAAAACUCUUUCAGUAGCAGCAGCUUUUAAUGAAGAUGAAGAUAGUGAACCAGAGGAAAUGCCUCCAGAAGCAAAGAUGAGGAUGAAGAAUAUUGGAAGGGAUACACCAACAUCAGCAGGACCAAACUCCUUCAAUAAAGGAAAGCAUGGUUUUUCUGAUAACCAGAAGCUAUGGGAGCGAAAUAUAAAAUCUCAUCUUGGAAAUGUCCAUGACCAAGACAAUUAAAUGAUGUGUUUUGAAAUUGGGUGUGGGGUGGGUGUAAAGUUAAAAGGAACAGUUUCCUUUUUUAAAGAAUGGUAUAAGACUAUCUUUGGAGCCGCCUUUUUUUUUUUUUAAAGAUUGAGUGGUACACUAAUAAAUGAGAGUUUGAAAUUAGAGGUAAUUUAUGUUUUAUAUACAGAUUUCAAGACAUUUGCUAAUUUUGUAGUUUCAUGUGAUUAGUUUCCAAAGGUUACAGAUAAUAAAAAAAUCAGAAAUGGUACCUUUCUAAGAAUUGCAUAUUUUUUUAGACGCAAUUAUUAGCACAUUAGGAGGGACGCAAAAAGCUAUUGUCUAUUUAAACUGCAAGCAAUUACUCUUAACUCCCUUAUUACACUGAAGUGUUUGGCUCCCAGGAACAGCCUUAUAGAGAGGGAGUAUUGUAUUGGGAGGAAAAUGUUACUGGACUAUUGACUGAAAGUACAUUAGAUAAAAUUAAAAUACAGCCUUUUUUUUUUUUUCCUAAUGGGCAUUUGUUUCGUUUCAAGUCAUCAAAAACUAGGUAUUGCAUUACUAUCAGUUGGUACAGAUGCUUAGCUCUUGAAAAAAAAAUUUUUUUUUAAUUUUAUGUAAAUUGUUGAGUAUUUGAAAUAGCCCACUUCACCUUAACGGGUCUUGUCUACCUUCAUUAGUCUUCAAAGACCAUUUGCUACCAAAGUAAAUCAGUAUUUUGAAUGUGCUUCUCUUCGUUUUUGUUACUAGUUAGUUGCUGCAAGCAUUUCCACCAGAUCUUGAGGCAAAUCAUAAGGAAGCUGUUUCUUUUAAAAUACAAACCACCACCAAAAAUUUAAAUGUACAUAAUACUUAAAUAUGUGGCUGUUUUUAUUUUUUAAAAAGUAGAAACACCAAAAAGACAACAUUGUAUGAAGAUGAAAAUGAGAAAGAUGCACUUUCUGUAACUUUGUUAAAGCUUAAUUUAAGUUACUAACUUGUGAAAGCAAAUUUGAUUUGAACUUAAUACAAGAAUUCUUUAUUUUAGGACAGUACUGUGGUUUAUUUGAGUGUAUACAUAUUAACCAAUGGCCUCUCAAAAGCACAUUUUAGGUACUGAAGAUAAAAAGAAAAUGCAUCUUUAAACAUAUUUUAUGGAAUCUUUUGACCACAUAUACGUUGUUAGAUCUGUGUAUUGUAGGUUUUUUUUUUUAAUUUUUGUAUAUGAAUUCUUUUUUAAUGUGAUAGUUAAACACAUCUUUAAAAACCUAGUCACAGAUAAAAGAAACAAAAAUUGAAAAUUCCUGCAAUGUUUAAUUUGGAGGCAGCUUCAGACUAUUUUAUUGGUGGGAACUACUCACCAAGCUCUUUUAAUAAGUAAUAACUCCAGAGAAGCAGCCUGUAUAUAUUCCUAACACUUGUUCAUUUGCAUUUAAGUUUAGAGUAAGCCCCAAGUAAAACAAUGGAAAUGUAUAUAGAACUAUUAGUUCUUACAUGAUUUAAUUAUAUCAAGAUACAUGAAUUUAACUUGCUUUAAUGUAGGCAAACUUUCCACUUUUGUCCAUUUUACUGUUUAUGUUAAAAUAACAUCCCUCUCCUACAUAUUCUUUUCUUGACUCAAAUAUUAGCCUAAGGUCAAGAUGGGAGAGAAACGACUGAGAUGAAUGUCUUUACUAAAAUACCAAUAAAUUUGUCAAACUCAA